GUCUCCUGUUUACAUGACAGAUUCUCCAGCUAGUUUACAGAAUGUUCAAAAGCCACAAGUCCCUUGCCUCAGAACGCAAAAGAGAAUUAUACUUUCGAGGAGUUUCAAGGUCCACAAUGAGGAAUGAUCUGAGAAGUUUUCAAACUUUGUCGCAAUUUGUACUCUCAGCGGGUCCUCUAAAAUCAGUUCCAGCCCUCAAACAUUCAAAAACUGCUUACUUUGAGAUUGAAAUACUUGAUGCUCAAACCAGAAAAAAGAUAUGUAUUAUGAAUAAGGUGACACAAACAUCUUCCAUUCAUGAUGUUAAACAAAAGUUUCACAAAGCAUGUCCAAAGUGGAAUCCUUCUCAAAUCGGGCUGCAGCUAGAAUAUGGUGGGCCCUUUUUGAAGGACUACAUCACUAUUCAGAGUGUUGCAGCUUCCUCAAUUGUCACGCUCUAUUUUACAGACUUAGGGCGACAAGUCAGUUGGACCACAGUGUUUCUGGCUGAGUAUACAGGACCUCUGCUAAUAUAUCUCCUUUUUUACUUGAGGAUUUCAAAUAUAUACAACAUAAAAGAGAGUGCUAGAAGAUUACGCCAUCCGGUGGUACAUUUGGCUUGCUUCUGUCAUUGCAUACACUACAUCCGGUAUAUUCUGGAAACUUUAUUUGUUCACAAAGUUUCUGCAGGACACACACCUUUCAAAAAUUUGGUGAAGGGUUGUGCAUUAUAUUGGGGAUUCACCUCUUGGAUUGCCUACUACGUUAAUCACCCACGUUAUACACCACCAUCAUAUGGAAACAGACAAAUCACAAUAUCUGCUAUCAAUUUUCUGAUUUGUGAAGCUGGAAAUCAUUUCAUCAAUGUAAUAUUGGCUCAUCCCAAUCAUACAGGAAAUAAUGCCUGCUUCCCAAGUCCAAAUUACAACCCCUUCACAUGGAUGUUUUUCCUGGUUUCAUGUCCAAACUACACAUAUGAGAUUGGAUCAUGGAUUAGUUUCUCAGUUAUGACACAAACACUGCCAGUUGGGAUUUUUACACUUCUAAUGAGUAUUCAGAUGUCUUUAUGGGCAAAAAAGAAACAUAAAUUUUACCUGAAGAAAUUCAACUCAUGUAUACAUAGGAAGUCAGCAAUAAUUCCAUUUUUAUUGUAA